GCUUGCUAGUGGCUACCUAUAAAUUCAUAAACCCUAACUUCAUUUUUCGUCUCACAGCACAAACCCAGACGCAGCCAUGGGUAUCGAUCUUAUCGCAGGAGGUAAGAGUAAGAAGACCAAGAGGACGGCUCCUAAGUCGGAUGAUGUCUACCUUAAGCUUCUCGUCAAGCUUUACCGGUUUUUGGUGAGGAGAUCUAAUAGCAAGUUCAAUGCUGUGAUUCUCAAGAGGCUUUUCAUGAGCAAAGUCAACAAAGCACCUCUCUCACUCUCUAAGCUCGUCAGUUUCAUGGAGGGCAAGGAUGGCAAGAUUGGUGUGUUGGUUGGAACCAUCACUGAUGAUUUGAGAAUUCAAGAGAUCCCUGCCAUGAAGAUCACAGCUUUAAGAUUUACUGAGAGGGCUAGAGCUAGGAUUGAGAAAGCUGGAGGUGAAUGCUUAACCUUUGAUCAGCUUGCACUUAAAGCUCCUUUGGGCCAGAACACUGUUCUUCUUAGAGGACCAAAGAACUCUCGUGAAGCAGUGAAGCAUUUUGGACCAGCUCCUGGUGUGCCACACAGUAGCACUAAGCCAUAUGUUAGAGCUAAGGGAAGGAAGUUUGAGAAAGCUAGAGGAAGGCGAAAGAGUCGUGGAUUCAAGGUCUAAGGAAACCUUGUUGUGGUUCGUUGUGCUCGUUUUAAAAAACGAAGUUUUGGUAGGGAACACUGGUUCCUCUGUGCCCUGUUCUAGACAUUGUUUUAUGAUUUUUGCUUUUCUGUUCUUAAUUGACAAUUGGAUAUUUUGGUUUGUCUUUUUUUUAUCUUACAACUUUUAUAUUAGCCUAAUUGAGUUACGUCUA